AUGCGAUAUUUGAAGUUGGCGGAAGACCUUGAAGAGUUUGGGAAGUAUCCAUGGGGUGCUGUGUGUUAUGCCAAGACAAAUGCGUCACUUCUGAGGGCACUUUGUGCAGAUUACCAGCGAGUGAAAGUGCCCAAGAAAGCUGGAAAAACAAAAAAAUCUGAAAAGAAAGCAAAAACAACGGCAACUAGUAGACCAAGAGAGUACCACCUCAAAGGUUUUGCCUAUGCACUUCAGAUUUGGGCUUAUGAGGUAUUUCCAGCGUUGGCUGCACUACAUUUGGUGGUGCACGAAGAUAAUGCCUACAUCCCUCGUUUACUACAUUGGAGGAGCAAUAGUUCGCCGCGUUUUUAUGAGCUAAUGAGCCAAGUAUUCGAGAACCGUGAGGUUGAUGUGCAACUUCUCCGGCCAUCUGUAAUCGAUAAGCAGCAGCCGUAUUGGACUUGGGGUGAUAGUGUUGACGACACUGAAGAACUUGUUGAGUUGUUUGGCGAUGACGCUGAACAAAAAACCAGCACUUCUGCCUCUAUAGAAGAAAAAGAUAAGGACAUUGACGAAACUGCAAGCCUUCCGUCGUCUUCUAAGGGUACAGUCGCGUCCAGAGAGUUACGCACUUUGAAGCGUGACUUUGAAAGGACAAAGGAUGAAUUGGCCAAAGUUGCCCUAUCAAAUCGAGCGCUUCGCGACAGAGUGCAUCAGUUGGAAGACAAGGUACGGAAGGAGUCAAUGAAAGCUGAAAAAGAGUUCGAAAAAAAUAAAAAGUGUGUGGAGGAUUUCCGCAACACCCUGGCUUCAAUGGAGCAUUAUUUUAAGUUGGAGAUAGAGCAGCUGAAAAAACAAAAUGGUGGGGUGAAUGAAGCUGGGGAAGGACAUGAGGACCUCGGUAGUCCUCAUAUGAAUGAAGGAGGCAACAAUGACUUGUCGCCAUUACAUGCCUAUGUUAGUCCGCCUACAGAACCGGCAGUAAUGGAAACACAAGUCCCCGGUGAUGGAGCCGAACCUUCCGCAGCCAUGGUAGUUGAAGAGGCAAAAAUGGCCGCUUUAGUUCCUCACUUAGAAGUGCAUGAAGUAGCUGACCCGGCACAAUCCGAGAAGCUGCCUACCCCGGAAGAUGUGGCCGGGUGUGACGAAAUCUGCCAAAGAGUCAUGAAGCUGUUAGAAGAUUGGAAAAUCACUAAGAGUAUGCCAUCGGGAGGUUUGAUGAAUCCUCCAAGUCUACCCACAGUUACUAUGGCUGGUGAUGAAGAAGGUAGUUCAAGUGUUGAAAAAAAAAGAAGUGGAAGGUAAAGGGUGCAGACAGAAGCGCCCGGCGCA